UCUGCAUGGUAUAUAAAUCUUUGCAGGACUCAGUUGUAACAACAUUCACCCUGCUGCCUUCAAUCGAUAACCAGCAGCAAAAUGGGUAUCGAGUAUGAUGCCGAAAUUGGUGCGAGAGAAGCAAGGCAUAAUGCUAAGGAGCCAUUGAUCCAAGGCCAAGAAAACAAGUCUUCUUCCGAAGGCAAAAAUGACAGUAAAGGGUCAAUAUUGGUUGUUUUCCUUAGUACUAUGAUUGCUGUCAUGGGCUCCUAUGAGUUUGGUUCUUGUGUUGGAUUUACAGCACCUACUCAAACAUCUAUUGUUAAGGACCUCAACUUAUCAGUGGCAGAGUUUUCUCUGUUUGGUUCAAUUUUGAGCAUUGGAGCUGUGCUUGGAGCAACCACUAGUGGACGUAUUGCUGAUCAGAUUGGUCGCAAAGGGGCUUUGGCAAUGUCAACUGUUACAUGCAUAGGAGGAUGGAUUACAAUUUACUUCUCCCAGGAGGCAGUUUCACUUGACAUUGGAAGGUUCCUUACUGGAUAUGGUAUUGGAGUUUCCUCUUAUGUGGUACCCAUAUACAUAGCUGAAAUUGCACCAAAGAAUCUACGCGGGGGCUUAGGUACGCUUAAUCAGCUUAUGAUCGUGAUUGGAGCAGCAACUGCUUGUUUUGUAGGAACAGUUGUAACAUGGCGGCAGUUAGCACUAACAGGGAUCAUACCAUGUAUCAUUCUUUUGGUGGGCCUGGUUUACAUACCUGAGUCACCUAGAUGGCUGGCAAAAGCAGGGCAGAUGAAAAGGUUUGAAAAUGCAUUGAGAAUGCUUCGAGGGAAAGAUGCUGAUAUUUCAGCUGAAGCAUCUGAAAUUCAGGAUUACAUAGAAACUGUGCAACACCUGCCUAAAGCCAGGAUGCUGGACCUUUUCCAGCAGAGAUACUUGCGUUCAGUCACUAUUGGAGUCGGACUUAUGCUUUUGCAGCAACUUGGUGGUGCUAACGGCAUAGGAUUCUAUGCAAGCGAAAUGUUUGUUGCUGCUGGUUUCCCUUCAGGCAAAUUCGGAAUCAUAAUGUAUGCAAGUAUACAGAUACCUAUAACAGCAAUUGGUGCAGUGCUAAUGGACAGAAGUGGACGUAAACCUCUAUUACUGGUUUCGGCUGCAGGAACGUGUUUAGGAUGUUUUAUGGCAGGAUCAGCUUUCUUUGCUAAGAACCUCGGAUUUUUGGAGAAAGAAGCUCCAUAUCUAGUCCUAGGAGGAGCACUGAUGUAUAUCGGUUCAUUUUCUAUUGGAGUUGGAGCGAUUCCAUGGGUUAUGAUGUCAGAGAUAUUUCCAAUAAAUGUGAAGGGGGCAGCAGGAGGUCUGGUGAAUUUGGUACACUGGUUUUGUGCAUGGGCAGUUUCCUACACUUUUAAUUUCUUAUUCAACUACAGUGCUGCAGGCACCUUUUACUUCUAUGCAGCUAUUGGUGCCCUUAAUGUCCUCUUUGUGGCAAAAUUAGUACCUGAAACUAAGGGGAAAACUCUUGAGGAGAUUCAAGCUUCAAUCAACCAAAUCAAAUAAUUUUCAUGUUUUUUCUUCAUUUUCACAUUUCUUUUUCUAGAUUUUGAAACUGUUGUUGUUGGUUGUGAAUUAUCUUUAGUCUAAUAUUGGAGAGGUUUUGAGUUAGGAGAGUUCAGUCCACUUAUAAGUCCAAUGGAGGUUGCACACUAAAACCAAUUGGCAAUAGUGGGAGUGACUCCACAAGCUUAUAAGUGGUAUUUUCUCUCCUCUUUCUCCAAUGUGGGACAACUUACAUAUGAAAAACAUGGGGUGUCUAACAGUUUUGCACCGCAUUUGACAAAAUUUUGAGAUACAAAAACUACCUUAUAAGUCAGAAGCAGAGAAGCUACUGAUAAUAAUUAUUACAAGCACUCCGUUAUGUUCACCUUAU